AUGUUUACGAAUACACCGGUAGGAGGAAGACGCGAGCGACAACAACAUGCCGGUAAUUUGCGGGGGCUUGCUGGUCAAUCCUCUGCUCGUAUACACCAAAAUACUGCUGAACUAGCAAACCAGAUCCAUCGGGCCCGACCAGGCCGUCUGAAUGCCAUGCCUACUCGUAUUUCUGUUCCCCAGUUGCGAGCGUUGGAACGCUCGCCUAGUCCAGAACACAGCUUUGGUUUGCACUACGAUACGUCGUAUCCAGAAGCGUCUGAUGAAGAGGUUUUUGAACGCAUAGUAAAACAAUCACAGCACUCCUCAGACGAGGACCACUCCGAUUCAGAAUACUCAUACUCUGACCCGGACAAUCAUCCGCGGAACAGAAAAGGGUCCCCAUACUCAGACGUAAACGAGACCUCAGACGACGAGCAUGCAAAAGAAUUAAACUCCAAAAGUCCAAGAAAACGCAACAAAAGUUGGAUCAUGUCGCCAUCCUUUUUUCUUGUCGUUUCCGUAUUUAUUAUUAUUAUUUCUAGCGGCGUCGGUCUCUAUCUCCAACACAGUCGAAGUGUGCUUCCAUUCGCACUCUCGACCGAUGCUUCUAGCGACAUUCUUCAACGUCUAAGCAAGCUAGAGCUUGAAAUGGAGAACGCUAGCGAUAUAGCAAAAUACCUCUCACAAUCAAAAGCAACCCUUGAAAAGGAUCACAAUCACCUUGCACAAAACUACGAGGUGUUAAAGGACAGAAUAAACAAUCUUUUUGCAAUCUCCAAAGCACUAAAUUCAAGUACUUUCAACAUCACGGAACAAGGGAUUGAUCUUUCGCGUCGUCAAGAGCAUUUGCAGGAUGUCAUGUCUACUAUCCAAAAGAAAAUCAGUUCUAUCCAACAGUCCAUCAGUCGUUCCGUCGGUACCGAUCCAGAGUACCGGGAGAGCUUGACGGGAAGCAUAGAACGUUUACAAAGCUUGGAAAAGCAGCAAGCCGAAUUGUUUCAAACUGUCGCGAAUUUGAAGCGCGAAGCACUGGAAUUGUACUCGAGUGACAAAAAUACAGUUAAAGGAGGAGACGACGGUGCUUCUGCCGUUUCAUAUAACGACGGACAACUCACUGUCCAUCCCGAGUUUCUCGCGUUGUUGUCCAAGUAUAUUUCUGCACAGGUGGAAGAGAUGAGAAAGAGCAGCUGGCAGGAGCUGCUUGAAGAUAGUGAAAAAAUCGUGGAAGAUAUUGCAAAGUCUACGCUAGACAAAUCGUUUUUGAAGCGUGAUGAAGUCAGCCAACUUGUCGCUCAACAAGUACAGAGCGCCAUAGAGCAAGUGGAAAAUCAAUGCUUGUUGCACGAGUAUGGUUUUGAGGACGACGAGGCUCUACGAACGAAACUAGAAAGCUUUACACGGUCCAUCGUGCAGCAAAUGACGCUUGACACUCUUGCUAGACCAAAUUUUGCGUUGCUGUCAACCGGUGCAAGAGUCAUCCGUCAUUUGACAACGCCCAAUUAUCAAAAACGUCCCAGCUCACUAUUUCCACGUCUCAUGUCCUACCUAGUGGACGACAAUAUCAUUGAGGGAAAUAGACCAGAAACGGCCCUGCAAAGUAAUAACGAGGUGGGGAUGUGCUGGAGCUUUGCUGGUACCUUUGGCCAACUCGGAGUUUCCCUAUCCCAACCUAUAUACAUUAAUGCUGUUUCCAUUCACCAUGUUCAUCCCAGCAUUGCGUUGGACAUCUCAAGCGCUCCACGGGAAAUGGAGCUUUGGGGACAAAGAUAUCAUUUCAAAAAGGAUAGGGGCUACGAGCUCCUGACAACGUUCGAGUAUCAGCCCGGCGACAAUUUUAUCCAGACAUAUCCUAUAUCGACAGAUACGUCAAAACCUCCUUUUAAAAACGUUGUUCUAAAGAUCAAGAGCAACUGGAUGAACAACGAAUUCACUUGCUUAUACCAACUUCGAGUGCAUGGCGAUAUCCCUCCGUAA